ACUAGGAGAAACAAGGAAGGCAAUGUCCGCCGCCUGCGUGUCCUGGAUGCCGACCGCUAACGACUCGCGGUGGUUGGUCGGCGCACUUGCCCUCCGGGUAUCGAGUAUUUGUAUGGUAUAUCAAGCCACGUAUCCAAGCUUACUUAUGUCGCUUUCACCCUUCCGGGCAGCGCGGUCGAUCGCUGAAUCCAGACUUUAGUUUCGCCGACACUCCGAGAGCACAUGUGAGUAUUAUUUAGUUAACGUGUCGGCCAGCAUACAAUAUCGUUUCUGCAUCGGUUAAGGACGCAUUCGUAUUCAUAAGAAUUUCGCGCGACUGGCGAAGUCUGGAGCCGAAUGCGAAACAUCGCUGCGCUUGCACACACAUCCAAGCUUAAGUAAGGUACAUAUGUUUAGUGGUGUGGAAGGACUACCGCUGAUAUCGAGGCGACCUCUGCAAGAGCGGGCAGGCCCCGAGUAGCAUGGCGGGUAUACAUGAUGGAGAAGGGGGCGCCACGGUCGACGCCCAAGCGGGCAGCUCCUGGCAACACAGCGUUGACGUGGGGGCAGCCCGCCCUGCUCAGUCCACGUCGCCCCUGAACGCAACCCCAAGCGUGCGGGUCGUGAAAGGAUGGAAAAAGGGCCCCUACAACAAGCUUCAGGACCCGCUUCCCGUGGUUACGCUAAUGCCCUCCUCCACCACGACGUCUUUCAACGCGCCGCCGCCUGCCGGGCCUAUCGAGGUGGCGGCUCCGGGCGCGGCCGUGGGCCCUAACCAGGCGCAUCUGGCGGCGGUGGCGCAGAGCCGCUCGAUGCGCGCCGUGGGCAGCAAGCGCGCCAGCCUUGUGCAAGUGUUGGACCUGCGGAGUUACAGCAUGGCGCGCUCGGAUGCCGCGGGUCCCGUACCAGGGUCCGAGUCAACGCGCGUCAAGGCCGACUUCGUCAGCGAGGACGAGCUCAUCGCGCUGCCCUUCAAGCCGCCCAGCGUGUGGCGGUACGUGUACGACGUGGCGGCGGGCACGUGGGAGCUGGUGCUGUACAUCCUGGUGAUGCUGCUGGCAGUCAUGCUGGAGACCAACGCCCGUUACUUCCGCUCGGGCAGCGAGUACGACAAGUGGUGGGUCACACUUUACAAGUUCACGGUGGUGUGCUACCCGGCCGGCCUUAUGGUGGCGCAGUUCAUGCUGCUGUGCGAGUACACGUUGCGCAAGUACAUGUACUUCCGGCUGCUCAGCUUUGGCAUCAUGGUGCAGUACGAGAAGCGCAAGCUGUGGCGGUCCUGGUACUUUGUCUUCUUCUGCUGUCUGUGGAUCAUCCUCAACGUGUGGGCCUGGUGGGGCCUGAUUGAGUGGUGGGGCCGCAACGGCAAGUCGGGACCCGAGGUGCUUUCUUUCGCCGUGUUCGCGGUUGUGAACGUCGUGUCCUUCCACCUGAUCAUAUACUACCAACGGCUCAUGGAUGCGGAGCUGCAUGUACUGGAGCCGCUGCAGGCCUACCUCAUGCCAGACAUGGUGCUGGUCAGUGAGAACGCGGUGAAGAAGGAGGGCUGGCGACUGCUGCGCGCCCUCAUCUUCGGCUACUGCUGGCCGGGGCCCAGGCGUUACGACGUCGACUGGGUGCGGGCACAGGGCAUUCGCAUCACCCGCGCCGCGCACGGUGGCAGCCCGGGCCCGGCCCAAACGGCCGAGGACCUGAACAGCGAGGCUCAGGCCAAAGCCGAGAAGACGAUGGGCGACGAGGAGGGCGCGUACCCAAAGGGCGGCAGCAUUGGUGGUGUCAUGCAUCCACCAGAGGCCGAGGUGGCGCCCAAGCCUGCAGGCAGCAUGGUCCGCUCAGACGCCGCGGCUGCGGCGUCUGUCGCCUCGGCCGCUGUGGUGGAGGGUGUGCAGGCGCCCGAGAUUCGCACGGCCGGCCCCGUGGCGGAGGCGGCGGAGCACGUGAUGUCGCCCCAAGCCGUGGGCGUCACCGCGGACGCCACAGAGGCUGCUGCGGCCGCAGAGAAGGGCCAUGCCUCGGGUGCGUCCCACUCCGCCUCCAGUCCCCCCUCCACGCCCGCCGCCGCCAAGCCCGCCGCCGCCGACAGCCUGCAGGCCGCCGGCGCCAAGGCACUUCACGCCGCCGGCACGGGCGCCUACGCCGCCGGCGCCGCCACCUGGGGCGCCUGCCGCCGUGCCUGGGUGUGCUGCUUCCGCUGCUACUGCGCGUGCUGCUGCUGGGGUGCGCGCAUGUUCAGCCCCAAGCACUACCACUCAGGUCUGUACGCGCUGCCCAUGGCCAUGAUGGCGACCUUCUCCUGGCACCGGGUGUGGCCGUUCCGGCGGGACGUGUCCUUCAUCCGCGGCAUCUUCCUCGCGGCCUUCCUGGCGUCGCUCAUGGUGGCUGGAGGCAUUGUGUUUGGCGCCUGGCUGGCUGCUCGCAGCCCACCCGUGUGUCAGUGGGGCCUGGACGCGUGCUACGACUGCAACCUGUACCAGGAGGAGUACGUCCAGUAUGAUCAGGUGUGCGAUGCUGGCGGGUACAACAUCACUAAGGCGUGGGUGGACCCGGAUUACAUCGACCCCAACUGCACGCUCGGCCGCUCCUGGUUCACAAACGGCAUGUGGGACUACAACAGCACAGACUCCCUGGCACAGCGCACCAACUACGCGCCCAUCCGCGGCCAGCCGCUGCUCCAAGGCUACCUGGCCGGCACCAUGUCCUACUAUGCCUACGUGAAUGGAUUUGAGGGCCUGCUGAAGGGAUUCGAGGGCCAGUACACCCAACGCUUCCGGGAAUUAUUCACCAACUACGGCUUCACCGAGUACGACUUCAUCUUCAUCGAUGACAAAGCUAUCUCCGACACGCAGUUCAUCGUUGCAGGCACGGGCCGCGACAUCUUCCUCAUCUUCCGAGGCACUGACGGCAUCACAGACACAUUUAUCACCGACCUGGCGGGCCUGUGCAAGUCCAACCAGGACUUCAAGGCCACCACCACCUGCAUCCACGACGGGUUCCUCUCCGCCUACCGCACCGCGCGAGACCAGGUGUACGCGGCGCUGAUCAAGGUGAUUCUGGGCCUGAAGGCGGCUCGCCUGCCCGACGGCAGCAGCUGGUACCCCAAGAACACCACCCUGCCCCAGCCCUUCACCAUGUGGCUCACGGGCCACUCGCUGGGCGGCGCGCUGGCCACCCUGUCCGCACUGGACCUGGUGGUCAACCAGGGCCUGACCAUCGGUGGCGUGUACACCUUUGGCUCGCCGCGAGUGGGCGACGACCGCUUCCGCAUCAUGUACGAGCAGUCGGGCCUGGCCAACGUCACGUGGCGCUUCGUGCACCGCAAGGACGCCAUACCGCAGGUCCCGCCCAAGGGCGUUGGGAACUUCCAGCACGUGGUGCCAGCCACCAUGCUGGAGGGCGGCACGUGCAAAGCCUGGCCAGAGGAGGACUGCCCCAGCGCCGGGUGCGGCCUCAGCGGAGCCGACCACCUCAUGCCCGGCUAUAUGGCCAACCUGCGCGCCUGCCUGCUGGCCCAGGCGCCGCAGCUGCCGCAGCUGGCCGCCAGCAACUGCAGCAUUGCCAUGCUUCCGCUGUGGAACGGCGCGUUCGGCAACGUCAAGGACCCGUGAAGGGGACAAAAUAGAAGGAAGAUGAGGACAACCCCCGAAGGAAGAUGAGGACACGACUGGCGGGAGCGAGGAAGGCUAUGCGGUGUUGGUGGUGUUUGGUGUCGUGGCUGUGGGUGGCAGUGUGCUGUUGCUGGAUUGUUAUGUGUCCAGGACUGCUAGUUGUGCAGCGGCAGUGCGCCAGUGCGUCGUUAACAUUGAUGCUGCAUUUGUUUUGCAAGGAGCGGGGCAGGCCCCAAGUGGGCGGGGUUCUGCCGGCCGCGUGCAGGCUGUGCGUGAUCCGGCGUGAGAACUGCGCAUCCUGAGCUAGCCCUGCUGGGUGUCCGUCCUCUUGGGUACACUUCGUGGGUACACUUGAUCAAGAGUUAUUGCGAAGCAUUUCUUGACAAUGGCCACAUGUACGGCGUAUUGAGUUAAACGUGCAUCUGCAUGCGUGGACACAUGUGAUAACAGCUCUGUACGCACCCUGCACAGAUGUGAAGGCAUCAAUCAGGGAGCCGUGAUGAAACUGGUGAUGCUGACGGCUCUGCCGCAUGCAGUACCGCAUUGCCCUGUGUGGUUGAAAGGGUCAGUGGAUCGGUGCGUGCUGGUGUGCUUGGUGCACGGUGCGGGGGGCUUGCUGCAGCUAGACAGAAGUCACAGGACAAGUGAACAACGGCGGGAGGGAAAGAUUGCUGUGGCGGUGUGGCCAAGGCGGAACUGCGGAAGCGGCCCCUAAGCAUGUGGUAUAAUCAGCUCCAGA